AUGGACUGGUUCAUUUCGGAAGCAACAACAAAAUCGGUAACAGAAGAAUGUGCCGUUGGUAUUCGAAAUUUUCAUGGAACUGAGUUGCUCAUUGUCGAUACUCCGGGACUCUUUGACACCAAUAUGGAAAAGAAAAAGUGUUACCGAGAAAUAUCGAAAUGUCUUCAAGUUAUCCUUCCCGGGCCCCAUGCGUUUCUGAUCGUUAUUAGCUGUAAUCGUUUUACAGAAGAAGAACAAGCGGCUGUUCAGUGGAUAAAAGACAAAUUCGGAGAGCGAGCUCUUAGCUAUUGUAUUGUAGUACUGACGCGAGUUCAAGAAUUAAUCAGAAGUUGUGGCGGUCGAUACUUCGGUGUCAACAAUUUUGCGGAGCCAGAAAGAAAGAAUGAGUACGUUAACAAUAUGUUACAAAUGAUUGCGGAAAUGAGAACAGCAAAUGGAAGUAAAGUAUUUACAAACAACAUGAUUCGUCUUAUGACAGCAGCCGUUAGACGCCGAAGUCAAGAAGCACACGCCGAAAUGGUUCAACCAAAUGGAACAAUCAAUGAAAUACCGGCGGUUACGGAAGCAGUCGUAAAUUACUAUCAGCAAGGACAGUGA